GCUCCGGUUAGCGAGUGCACACAGAGCGGAGCCGUACUCGGUGUUUUGAAGUUAGCGGUUAGCUCCAAAACAAUGUCUCACCCGCCACCAAAACCAUGGGAAAGACGAAUUCCUGGAGCUGUAGGCGCUCCACUAAACUAUCGUUCCACAGAUUUUGGGACAGGAAAUGGCCUAACUUUAUCAGGACCUUCCACCAUGACUCGUGUGGCACCUCCAAUCCCACCGCGCCCAAUUCAGCAGUCCUACCGUCCAUCCUACAGCUCUUUCCCCUCCUCCUACAGCCCCUUCAGCAGCUCUCCAUAUGGAGGCUACAGCCCUUACAGCCCAUACAGCUACGGCGGUUUGGGAUACAGCCGCUUCCUCCCAGAGGAUGUGCCUCCGAGCCGCUUCGUGCAGCAGGCGGAGGAGAGCAGCCGCGGCGCCUUCCAGUCGGUCGAGAGCAUCGUGCACGCCUUCUCUUCCGUCAGCAUGAUGCUGGACGCCACCUUUUCGGCCGUCUACAACAGCUUCCGUGCCGUGCUUGAUGUGGCCAAUCACUUCUCCCGCCUGCGCAUCCACUUCACUAAAGUCCUGUCCGCCUUCGCGCUCGUGCGGACGCUGCGCUACCUGUACCGACGGCUGCAGAGGAUCCUGGGAAUAAGGUUGGACGCUGAGGUGGAGGACCUUUGGGAGGACAGUGCAGCAAGUGCCGUAGUUCCAGGAGGUCGUGGAGCUGGUGUUGGCGAUUCCAGCGACAGAACAGUGAAGUCUUGGCCGAUAUUUUUGUUUCUCGCAGUGGUUUUUGGCGGACCGUACCUGAUCUGGAAACUUCUGAGAUCUGAGGAGAGCGCAGAGGAGCGUGGCACUAACUGGGCAAGCGGUGAAGAUGAUCAUGUGGUUGCCAGAGCUGAGUACGACUUCACUGCUGCUUCUGAGGAAGAGAUCUCUCUGCAGGCUGGAGAUAUGCUUAACCUGGCUCCAAAGGAGCAACAGCCGAGGGUGCGUGGGUGGCUGCUGGCCAGUGUGGACGGCCAGACCACAGGCCUCGUUCCUGCCAACUACGUCAAGAUCCUGGGCAGGAGGAGGGGCAGGAGACAAGCCGAGCUGGAAAGGUUGGCACAGCUCCAGCAGGGGCAGCAGGUUCAACAGUCAGCUCCAGGUCAGGUUACGGUGACCGUGCCGGCCUCGGCCUCAGCCGGUCAACCAGACCCCGAGGAGCUGCUGGAGUGUGUGUACAGAGAAACUCCAGCGUCUUACACAGACCCAGCUGUUACACUGAACAACGGCAGUACAAACACUGUUCUAGGAAAUUCUGAAAAACUUGAUUUGUGAGCGAGUGUGUGUGUGUGUGUGGAGGCACUUGCGUGGUGAUGACGAGUAAGUAACUGACAGUUCUCCAGGGUUGAUAUAAAGUGUCAUUUCCAUCCAUCUGCUUUAAAAUUUGGUCAUUCAGAAUGUUGAUAGAAAUGGCUGAAAAGGUCUUCAGGAACGGUUGUUGUAUAGAUCAAGCAAAGACGUGACGUGAUCAAUAGUGAUAAGUGUGAGAUACAGAUACACCAUGACUGUGUUUCAACUUGGAGCUCUUUCGAUAGUGUCCUUUUUUUCUCCUUCUAGUUGACAUUUCAUAAUUUCACUUUAAAUUCACUAAACAUUCGGAUGGAAGCUGAACAGACUUCAUUAACCGGAGGACACUUUGGGGAACUGCCACACCUGCUGAGCACCAAGGUCAGGUUUAAAGAUAUGAUCAGGAUCAUUUGAUGCUAAUUUGAAUACGUUUACUUUAUAUCCUAUUUAUUUCAUGGUGUGUAGAUAAAAUGUUAAUCUAAUAAGGAAUUAAAGGAAGAAAGUAUUGAACAAAAGUUGUAGAGAUUAUUUUAAAGAGCCAUUUGUAAUUUUUUGUCUUCUACCUACUCUGAAAUAAAUUGCUUUUGUAGUAAAGGUCUUUGAGACGGUUUAAAAUGUUAUGGAAAAGCAGCAAUCUCAGAAGCUGUUAUUGUGGAGCUAAUUUCUAAUUCAGAAAAAUCUAGUCUGAAAUUAUAGCAGGUGGAAUUAUUUACUGUUUAUUUCUUGACUUUUUAAUUAACAGGUUUAAUUGAAAUAGUUGUUAGAAAUGUUGAGCAAUGCAAUUAUCGAGAUCUUCUCUUAAAAUGAAUGUUUCAGUGGCUUGCAGUAACGUUACACAGCAUCAUAUUUCACACAGAGGUACAACGAUGUGAAGCCUUCAGCCGUCUGUUUCUUCAUUAUGCAUGUGCGUUUGUGUGUACUGUCCUCGAGUAAUCAUUAGCAUACAUGCGAUUGUGUAAAUAGAAACAGUAUUUUCAUUAAACUAUUUUCAGACUAAUA